GGUUGCAGAUCACCAUGUGUGAUGUAUGUUAUCAAUGUUCCAGUUAGCAACAACACUACAAAGAAGAAUUCAAGAUGGCACAACAAGAUCUAUUGGAAUCUCGGACUUUUCUCUGCACUAUUCGGAUUCCUUACAAUUUAUUUCGUGAUCGUGAUAAAUAAAGCAGAACAGCCGGAACUCCAUACUCACAGUGAAGAUGUUUUUAUAGUUUUAGAAGAGAAACAACCCGACGAAAUCCCUGCUGAUCCCAACAAAAUCUUAGAACGGCUAAAACAUGACCAUAAAUUAUUUGAAAGCGAAGACAAACAGGGUAAUAAAGUAGACGGAGGUGAUAUAACAGAUAGCUUCAAUAAUUCGGCAAAUAUAGGAGAAAAAGAAAAGGAAGUAAUAGCUGAAGAAAAACCAUUCAUUGCUGAUAAAAGUCAUCGCGAUGCCACAGUUGAACAGAGAUUAGUCGCUGAUGAUGAAGUUGCUGAUGGAGAAGUUGCUGAUGGAGAAGUUGCUGAUGGAGACGUUGCUGAUGGAGAAGUUGCUGAUGGAGAGAAAAAGAAGCUGAUAGACUCAGUUGAAAGUGAGUAUGCAGCACUGAGUGCGCCAUGGCCACUGGAACCAGAUCUGGAUGAUGCUCACUUGUACCAGCUCCCUGGAGAAGAUGUAAAUUUCCCCAUUCCUCGCCCUCUUCUAAAUAAGAGGAUGAAAUCAAUAAGAGAAAGUAUGAAGUUGUCUUGGAAAAGGUACAAAGAAUGUGCCUGGGGUACUGACAAGCUGCAUCCAGAUUCGUGUCAUGGUAGCACUUGGUUUGGAUUAGGUUUAACUAUUAUUGACUCUCUUGAUACGAUGUUCUUGAUGGGAAUGAAGGAAGAAUUGAAGGAAGCGUACGAUUUUGUUCAGGAUAUUGAUUACAGAAGUGGAGCAAAGAACGUGAAUAUAUUCGAGAUAACUAUUCGAGUACUAGGCGCGUUCCUGACAAUGUUCAACUUUACCAAGGAUAACAUAUACCUUACUAAGGCAGUACAGCUAGGUGACAUGCUCAUUGACUCUGGAGCAUUUAGAACUACUUCUGGUGUACCUCUCUCCGAUAUCGACCUCUCAACUGGUAUAUCACACAGACCCACGUGUCCAGGUUGCAGUAAACACAGUUCUCUGAGCGAAGUAACUACAAUUCAGCUGGAAUUUAACGAACUUACUCGUCUUACUAGUGAUCCUAGAUACAAGGAGGCAACUGAUCGAGCUAUGUCUACAGUUCUGAACAAAGUACCUGCUGAUCAUUUACCAAGGAUCUAUGUGGAUGUCAACAGCGGCAAAACAUCAGGAACGCUGACGCUGGGAGCUCGAGGUGACAGUUACUACGAGUACCUGCUCAAACAGUGGAUACAGACUGGAGAGAUAAGCUACCAAGAAGAAUACAUUGCCGCAGUCCAGUCAAUAAAAAAUAAAUUGGUAUUCUCAUCAAAGAGAGGCCUGACAUACAUUGCUGAAAUCCUGGAGUCGGGAAAGAUAAACCACAAAAUGGACCACCUGGUGUGUUUCCUGCCGGGGAGUUUAGCACUGGGAACCCUACACGGAGCUCCCUCCUGGCACCUGGAGCUAGCUGAGCAGGUCAUCAGGACCUGUGUGGAGAUGUACCAUACUAAAACAGGCCUAGCUCCGGAGAUCAUCAAGUUCGACUCUAGCUCUAGACUCUUUAUCAGCAGAAAUGACGAAUUUUCCUUGUUGCGACCCGAGACAGUAGAAUCCCUGUUUAUAUUAUGGCGAGUGACUAAGAAGCCCAAAUACCAGGCGUGGGCAUGGGACAUCUUCAGUUCUAUAGAGAGAUCUGCUAAACGCUCCGAGAAGGGAUACAGUUCGAUGGAGAAGAUUAACACAGAUAAAUCACGAAGAAAAGGAGAAAUGGAGUCGUUCUUCCUGGCGGAGACUCUCAAAUACCUGUAUCUGAUAAACGGAGCUGAUGACGUCAUACCACUCAGCAGAUAUGUGUUUAACACUGAGGCACAUCCCUUUCCCAUCAGGCCCUCUGACUUCGGGGACAAAUCAGAACAAUAGAAAUAAAACACGGGGUUUUACUUUAUUUUGGUUACAAUAGUUACAAUUAGUUGGUCUAAUGGAUAAAUAAUAAAUUAUUCAUCCCUUCAGACUUCAGAACUAGUUAGGACUUAGAAUGAACAAUUACAGACUAAUUUAUUUAUUAUCGAUUUAUUCUAGUUUGUAGUUUGACUUUUUGAUGUUAUAAUUUGAGGACGGAUUUACUUUUAAAUAUUUUUUCAAAUGCGUAAAAAAUGUAACUUAACACCGAACACGCCAUCUUUAAUUUAUUUUUCUAGGACGAUCAGUUUGACCAAUCUGGUAACUAGAAUCUUUUUAAUCGGGGAGUUCUUUAUCUUAAUAAAGAUCGGGGUAUUCUUUUUACACUACAAUAUGCGUUAUAACAAUCUGGUAACUAGAAUCUUUUUAAUCGGGGAGUUCUUUAUCUUAAUAAAGAUCGGGGUAUUCUUUUUACACUACAAUAUGCGUUAUAACUACCCCCCCCCCCCCCCCCCCCCCCAUUAUCAUAUAAUUGGGGGUUAACAUCUUUUUGUGGUAGGUUUGUAAUAUUCAGGAGAGAGGUUAAUUACCAAUUUAUAACUUUACCUGCUGGGAAAGGCGAGGAGUGAACAAAUCAACAUUAACUCAAUGGUUUAUUAAAUGUUUUUUAGUCAUUGCUAUUUCUUUUUAAAGAAUUCUGAAUUCACUUUAAGAUAUAACUAAAACUUGUCUUAGAAGUUGCUAUUCGAAGGGUUUUGACAAAGCUGUGAUCAUUUUAGCUAUUAUAUUCAAAUAGGAAUAUUAUUUAUGAAAUUGUAAGGUCUAGUUAGAUUUUUGUUAUAUUUUUCGUUAAAACUUUAGUUUCAAUUCAUCUCUCUCUUCAGUCCUCAAAUUGGUAUUCAGUCCUCAUUAAUUAUGCCUUAUAUUUUAUAUUUUUAAGAAAGUAACGAAACUAAGUAUAGGUUUGACUGCUUACGUAUUGGUUCAUUUCAUUUAAAUAUACAGUUAAAUAAUCAAUAUUUUAGAGUUGAAUAUUGUUAGUCUGAAUUCAGCUUCACAUCUUGUAUGGGCGUCAUCAGGUAAGUUCUCGCCAAAAAGUUACUAAAAAGUGUCUAACGGUCCAAAAUGAUCUUACUCGCCCAAAAUGUAUUCCUAUUUAUCGAUAACAUUACAAAAUGUAUUCCUAUUUAACAAGUAUAUUUCCUGCCACAAUAAAAAGUUCUUAGAAACUGUAACUCAAAAGUUACCCUUUACACAACCGUAUCUUCUUUUUGUCCAAUUAGCUAGAGUCCAUAACCCGGCAAAAAGCUAGAGUCCAUAACCCGCUAAUUAGCUAGAGUCCAUAACCCGCUAAUUAGCUAGAGUCCAUAACUCUUUUUUGCGGCAUGAAACCGGUCCUUUCUCCGGGCACCAGGUAGCUGAAGCUCGUGUCUUCUGAACCUUGACAAACUCUGAUCUUGUAGUUCUGACACUCUCAGCUCUUCUCCUCCAAUUAUCAGUUCUUCCAAUACCUUGUAGAGGUUACUGUUAGAAUUUAAACUGAAGGUUAUGUUGUGUCAUCGCCUAUCGGAUAGUUACAGUUCUGUUACCCAUGAACGGACAUCAUGUGGACGCUGGAGGCCUUAAUUGACGAUGUCAGUUCUUCGCAGCUUGGCGAGGCCCAGUAGUGCAUCUCGCCGAUCUAACUAAGUACCCCUGGCCCUAGUACUAGUAGCGUUCUUAUUUAUGUCCGUUCAGAUAUUAGGUCGGUCCGUUUUGGUCCCUAUUAAAUAAUUUAAUUAUCCACUAAACGAUGAAGUGCUCACCUGGCUACUUCCUCCUCCUGUCUGGUUUGCAUCUAGAGUCAGCACCAUUAAUACAACGCUCAACACCACUAUAAGCACCUUCGUCAUUCUACAUUUUCAUCAAUUAAAUACAUAGUAUUGUUCCUCAGGGUUAUGGUAUGUACCCUGAUUACCAAAGACGGCCACGUUUCUGACAUAUUACAACAAUACGAGAUGUAUUAGAAUAAUAUAAGUUCUUAAAGAGUUUUCAAGUUAAUGAAAUUGUUUCUGAAAUGUUUCUCUACUCUAAAAAUUGACUCAGCUAAACUUACUGGGCGGCGCUCAGCCUGUCAUUCUGCCAAAUCUCCAUUCGGAUUAAGAUUAUGAACAUAAAUAUAAUAGCCUGGGGUCCCCAGGUAAAGCUAAACAAAAGGUCUGUAGCUAUUUUAAGGGUCGUCCACAUACUAUAAGUAAUCAGCCGAGGGGGAGGGGGUUUCUAAAUGAUUACGCUAGUGUAAUUUUGACACGAUAGCUAUGUGUAAAACUGAUUACGGAGGAAGAGGGGGUUACAAAUUGUCCAAAAAGCGAUUACGUAAUAUGUGAACGACCCUUACGAAAUAAUGGUAGAUAGAAUGUAGAAAUAGUAGCCUGACAUUAGGUUGGAACUUUUAUAAUUGGAAUUUCGCAAUAUUUUUAGCUCAAUUCAAUCGCAGUUUUGAUUCUAUGUAAGGUAUUAAUAGGAUAUUAACUAUGUCUGUUUAACUAUUUAACUAUUUAGUUAAAGCAAAUGAGCAUCUCGUCAACUGUCCAGAUUUUAUGAUCGUGGCGGUGAAAAGAGGGAACGCAAGAGAGGAGUUUUGGAAUAAUUAUUAAAACUGAGGUUUUGAUAAACAUUUUUUAAAUGCUUACGUAC